AUGUCUUCUACUGGGGGAGGAUGGGCACAACUGCGCCAGCAAGCGCGCACUCUGGAACAACAAACUGAGACGCUAUUCCACACAUAUUCACAGUUUGGAUCAACGCCGAACAUACCUGCGAAACCAUCAGAGGAAGAGCUGCGGGUAGAAACCAGGCUGCAUGAUAUUCUGGAGCAGCGGGAAGCGCUUGUCGCUCAGCUAUCGCGGCUACUCGACUCUGAAUCCACACAUGGCUCCUCGGCCGUGAAGCAAAAUAACCUUGCUAGGCAUCGCGAGGUGCUCUCGGAUCACCGGCGCGAACUCGCGCGUCUCAAAUCUUCUCUCAACGACGCCCGCAACCGAGCCAACCUCCUCUCGAACGUACGAUCGGACAUUGACGCCUAUCGUUCAGCCAACCAAGCCGAGGCCGACUACAUGCUUGACGAGCGGAACCGCAUCGAGAACUCGCACAACGUAGCCGACUCAGUCCUCAGCCAGGCAUACGCCGUGCAGGAGAACUUUGCUAUCCAGAGGGAAACACUAGCAAACAUCAACCGGAGGAUAGUGGGCGCUGCAAGUCAGGUACCCGGAAUCAACAGCUUGAUGGGAAGGAUCGGCUCUAAGAAGAGAAGAGACGGUAUCAUACUGGCAAGCUUCAUCGCGUUUUGUUUCUUGAUGCUGUUAUGGUUCAGGUAA